AAGAAAACCAAAUUAUAGUAAUCAUCUUAGAUGGCUUCCACUUUCGCUUUCUUGUCUUAAAUGGAAACUUCGUUGCUUAUUUCUUGAACAACACUUGUAAUUGCAAGCAAGCAACCUCCACUAGUAUCCAUUUUCUUUUUCUCCCACGAAAAGGACUUAAAACUUGCAACGUGUAUGACCCAUAGUCUCUCCUAAUUUUUUUCUUUUCGAAAUGUUUGUUAACUUCAAUUUUUAUGUUAAUCUACAUCAAUUAGGAGCAGCUUCAAAAUAUGGAAAACGUUCAUAUUGUGGUACCAAGUUUAUGCUUGAAGUUUCGUCUUCUGUAGCUCUCUGGUCCAAAGAAAGAUCAACAACAAUAGUUUUUAUAUAAGAAAAUUAAAUACCCUCUAGAAAUAUGUGUUCAUCCAUAAACUAAAAAGCUCAGAACUACCAUCCAGCUUUCAUUAGUAAAACUUAGUACGAAAGAUCACGAGUAUCAUCUACUAAAACAUGGUUUAAAUAUUCUUAUAACCAAUGGUUAUGAGAAAUAAAGUAUCAAAGAGAGAAAGGAUCUUGGCAAAGAACACAAUCAAUACUUCUUAUUGUAGGUCCAAAAUAGUAACAUCUUCUUUUGUCACUUCAUGUUGUAGAUAAGCUCCAGAAGAUUUAUCACACCUCCCAGACCUAAAAUAUACAUCUAAUAUAGUUUUCUUCAUAAGUACAUCUAUAGUUUCACCAAUGUAUUUUAAUAUAGAAUUUUUUCUUGUCUUUGCAAGUUAUUAUGUGUAUUAAGUCUAAACUAGUACGUGUGGUUGUGGAUGUUUACCGUUAAUAUAAGCAACACAUAUUGUCUUUAUAACUACAGAUUAUAUCAAAUAUUAAUUGUUAGUCUUCUUCAAAAAAUUAAUAAUGUUAAAAACAAUGUUCUGUUCCAACAACACUAGCAAAAUAAUGUUUAGAGAAUAAGAUUUUAUUAUGUAAAUAAGCGACUGAUCAUGCAAAUAAUUUAUUAGAACAAAUAUGUUUUUAUUUGUUAGAAAUGUUGCAAAUCUGAAGUUUUACUUUGCAACUUUCUUUGGUGGCUUACACUAAAUGCGUCAAUCUCGCUUGUAUGUUGUAUAACUCCAAAUCGUAAAUCAUCAAAACCAUUUUGGUGUCUGAAUAUUCUUUUGGUGUCUUCUUCUUCUUUGCUCUCUAUUAAAGGAUCUAGAAACCCCUUCACAACAAUGAGAUAGAGAGAGAGAGAGAGAGAGAGAGAGAGAGAGAGAGAGAGAGAGAGAGAGAGAGAGAGAGAUUCAAGUAUCUCCUCAAGAUCACUAUUACCACAAAAUAAAAAUAUUCAAGAAGACUGCAUGGAUCUAGAAGAUUGGGAGUUACUCCCCAAGAAUCUCUACAAGGGUCUCGAUCUCGAUCACGACGAGGAUCAUGAAGCAGCGAUGAGGAUCAUCAGAAACACUGAGAAAAGCUUCGACAUGGAUUACUUUAUCUGCCCGACACAAGAUCCUGUCGGAAAAAUAGAGUUCCAUAGAAGACCAAGCGUGGUCCCCACACAGCUCCUCCAAGUUCCCGUUAAUUGGGAACCUGUGUACACCGUGGAUGACACAGAUCACAAGAAGAACCAGGAUCAGGAUCCGGAACUUGUGACGGAAUCUGUUCCGUCGCCGAGAAUAACUUUCAAAACAGCGAAGGAAAACGAAUUUGUCGACAUGAAAAUAGACUUGCCAGCGAGGUUCACAAGUCCUCUCCCUCAGAAAGAUGACAAACACUCUGUCUCAGGAAGAGUGUUAGCAAGAGAGUACUAUGGUGAGAUGGGAACAGAGGUUGAGGAAGGUAGUGACGUGAAGUGCAAGAAAGAAGUUGAUUGGGAGGAGGAGAAGAACAAACGUGGUGAAAAAAUGAAUCUGUGGAAGAUGGGUCUUCAUGGAAUUGGAGCUAUAUGUUCAUUUGGUGUUGCUACUGCUGCUGCCACUUUAUAUGUCUUCUUCCUUGGACGCAACAAUAGCAUACGAGGUUGUCGGAACAAGAACCAGAUCCUCAGGUUCCAGAUCUACUCUGAUGAUAACAAGGUAAGCGAAUGAAGGAAGUAGUGAAGCAUGCAACAAAACUAAACGAAGCAAUCUCUGUGCUGAAAGGUCUUCCGGUGGCAAGAGCUCAGAUAUCUUUUGGAGGACACUAUGAUGGACUUUGAAAUCAUGGGCAUCCCACCCGUUUAUAGAUACAUCAGAGCCAAAUGUCUACUGUUCUAUUACCAUGGGCACUAUAGCUUAUAUACAUUAUGAAUUUAGGAAAUUCAAUAUUGUAUCAUGUUUGUAAAAUUAACAUUAUUCGUCCGAAUGCUUCUAGUUAGUUAUAUGAACAUUGAUAUGAUUGUACACUUAUUGAGUUGUUACAAAA